UGCGGCCGGAACCUUAGCGUGCAGGCGCUGGUUUCCGGUGGGCUCCUUAGCGCACUGCACAACUCCGGGUGGAAGGACCAUGAGAGGGCCGGAGCCGGGCCCCGAGCCGACGAUGGAGGGAGACGUGUUAGACACCCUGGAGGCGCUGGGGUAUAAGGGUCCAUUGUUAGAAGAGCAAGCCCUUACCAAGGCAGCAGAAUGUGGACUGUCAUCACCUGAAUUUUCAGAACUCUGUGUCUGGUUAGGCUCUCAAAUAAAAUCACUGUGCGACUUGGAAGAAAGUAUCACUUCAGCUGGUAAAGAUGAUCUGGAGAGUUUCCAGCUUGAGAUAAGUGGUUUUUUAAAAGAAAUGGCAUGUCCAUAUUCUGGACUCACAUCAGGAGAUAUUAAAGACCGUUUGAAGAAGAAGGAUGACUGUUUGAAACUUCUCUUGUUUCUAAGCACAGAGCUUCAAGCUUUACAGAUAUUACAGAACAAGAAACAUAAAAAUUCUCAAGUAGAUAAAAAUAGUGAAAUUCAUCAGGAAGUACAUGCUAUCUGUGAUGCUCUUGGUAUUUCCAAGUCAACAACUUCUGACAUUCCACUUAUGCUAAACCAAGUGGAAACAAAGGUGAAAGGUAUUCUCUCAAAGGUACAGAAAAGUCAUAUAGGAAAACCACUGCUGAAAACUGAUUUAACUCAGGAACAAAUGGACCAACUGGAAAAGAUUAAUAAUGCUCUUUCUUGUGAAUAUGAGUGCCGCAGGCGGAUGUUGAUGAAAAGAUUAGAUGUGACAGUUCAGUCCUUUGGAUGGUCUGAUAGAGCAAAGGUAAAAACAGAUGACAUAGCAAGAAUUUAUCAGCCCAAGCGUUAUGCUUUGUCACCGAAGACAACAAUUACGUUGGCCCAUCUACUUGCUGCCCGUGAAGAUCUGUCCAAGAUCAUUAGGACAAGUAGUGGCACCAGCCGGGAGAAAACAACAUGUGCUAUUAAUAAGGUGCUGAUGGGCCGGGUACCUGACAGAGGAGGACGACCAAAUGAAAUUGAACCACCACCCCCCGAGAUGCCUCCUUGGCAAAAGAGACAAGAAGGCGGAGGAAGGGGUGGUUGGGGUGGUGGUGGUGGGGGGAGAGGAGGUGGUGGGGGUGGGAGAGGUGGUUGGGGUGGAGGGGGUGGAGGAGGGUGGGGUGGAAGUAGAGGAGGAGGUGGGAGAGGAGGAGGUUUCCAAGGCAGAGGAGAUUAUGGUGGAAGGGGAGGAGGCUAUGGCGGCAGGGGUGGCUAUGGUGGAAGAGGUUAUGGAGAUCCAUAUGGAGGAGGAGGGGGUGGUGGGUAUAGAAGAUACUAAGAAUUAUAGCAACUAGAUAGUUGUGCUUCUUAACUACAUUAGGUGUAGUGUUCCAAGUAACAUACUUGAAUGUCUUCUUUGAAGUAAACAUGUUAGAUUUUACCCUAUCAAUUUUGAAUUAAUAUGUAAGUAUAUUGCUUUGCACUAGUAUUUGCUGUUAGACAAGGUGUUUUUUUCCAUAUUCUCUGAUGUAUGUUCUUUAAAAAAAAAAAAGAACAAAAUUAUUUUUAGAAAUGUAAAUAUUUAUUACCAUCAACUUGGAAAAUGGAAAGUAUUUUAUUGUCAUGACUGAAUUUAGAUUGUUAUCUGUAUUUUAUUCAAGUUUUAGAAAUAAAUUACAUAAAUUACCCUACUUGGAAUAGAAUGUA